GUGCUCAUUUGGACUGCAGAGCUGCAGGUAACUCAGAACCUCUCUUCAUGAGGCUACUCAUAUUUCAAACCCUGCAGUGGUGCCUUUUCUCUGGUACUGUGACCUACGGCCACCUGUGCCCACUCUACGAAGAAUUCUAAUAAAGCAUGGGUGGGUUUUAUUCUCUCCGGCUCUCUUCAUAUUCUGCCUCUCUUUUUCUUCUUCUCCUAUGGAAGCUUUGGGUCUUGAGAUAAGAGGAUAAUGGAGACCAGAUGCCACUAUCUGGUCCCUCUUCAUUUCGGCUGCCGGUGAAAGAAAACAAAACAACAACAUCUUUUCCAUGUUGUUCUCAGUAGCAACAAUGUCCAAUUCCACCUCCAUCUCUGAUGAAGCCAGUGUUUCCUCUGAGACAAGAGCUCAUGGCCACUUCAGCUUGAGCUCUAUGCUCACAUCCGUAUCUCCCCACCACCACCGACCGCAGCCGCCACCGAAGGCCAAAAAGAAGAGAAGCCAACCGGGGAAUCCAGACCCAGAAGCUGAAGUUGUAGCCUUGUCACCGACGACACUAAUGGCCACCAACAGGUUCAUCUGUGAGAUAUGCAACAAGGGUUUCAAGAGGGAACAGAACCUGCAGCUCCACAGGAGGGGCCACAACCUGCCAUGGAAGCUGAGGCAGAGAGGCAGCGAGGAAGUAGCAAGGAAGAGGGUGUACGUGUGCCCGGAGCCAUCUUGUGUGCACCACCAUCCUUCCAGGGCUCUUGGAGACCUGACGGGGAUCAAGAAGCACUUCUCCCGAAAGCAUGGAGAGAAGAAGUGGAAGUGUGACAAGUGCUCUAAAAGAUAUGCCGUGAACUCGGACUGGAAAGCCCAUGUGAAAACCUGUGGAGCAAGAGAGUAUAGAUGUGAUUGUGGCACCCUCUUCUCCAGGAAGGAUACCUUCAUCACCCACAGGGCCUUCUGUGAUGCGUUGGCAGAAGAAAGCGCAAGACUCAUGGCUGCCACCGCCACCACAUUCCCUCCACUCCACCAACCUCUCUUCCACCCUUCCUCCUCCUGGAACCCACUCAUCUGUCCUAACCCUGACUUGACCCUAAACCCUAGCUCUGACGGUGACCUGGGAGCUUUGCAAGUCAAGCCUGAGGAUAAGCUCUCUUCCCUCCACCACAUCCACCUUCGCGCCAUCACCUCACCUCACCUCUCAGCCACCGCACUCCUCCAAAGGGCCUCGAUCAUGGGCCCUAUGAGCUUCACCAACACCGCCAGCAGCGUAGGUUACGAUGGCGCAAUGUCCGGCGGAGUCGUCAGCUCGGGAGUCGAUGUCCAAGACCUGCCAAUGUGGUAGAAGAGCAAUCGCCCGACCGACCGCCGACACCGGGGAUGAUUGCCUAAGGUUAAUGCAUGUGCUCCCAUAGGUGCCAUAGAACUCUAUCAUGCUUAAUUCCUCGUACUGAUCGAGACAAGGAAGCUAAGGUUAAUGCAUGCUCGACUUGACUGUGUGAUCAGAUGAAAGACACUUUUCUGAGGUCAUUCAGUCCGCAAGUAGAAGAUGUUUCUGAAAGCUAUCAAGUAGUAAUCCUAAUAAGUUCUUCUGCUGUCUGAAA